UUUGCUCCCUUAAAAAAAGAUAAAACCAAAAAUCCACCUCACCACAUAACUCCUCUUCCUCCCUCUUUUUUUCUUCAUCACUCCGAUCCCGAUUUCCUCUGAAUCUUCCAAUUUCUUCGCACCCGCAAAUUCUCCGAUCUUCAGAUUUGCAGUUUGACGAAUCGACACUUAUUCGAUCUGCAUCCGCUUCCGCCAGGUCAAGGAAGCUGCAUCUGGAUAGUGGGAGAAUAUGGCAACUAGGAGUCAAGGUGGUAUCCAACAAUUGCUUGCUGCGGAGCAAGAAGCUCAACACAUUGUCAAUGCUGCCAGAAAUGCAAAAUUGGCUAGACUGAAACAAGCCAAAGAAGAGGCUGAAAAGGAAAUUGCUGCAUAUCGUGCCCAAGUCGAGUCUGAUUUCCAAAGAAAACUUGCUGAGAGUAGCGGAGACUCAGGAGCUAAUGUUAAGCGGCUUGAAAUCGAGACAGAUGAAAAGAUUUAUCACCUGAAAGAAGAGUCUGCUAGAAUUUCACCAGAUGUUGUGAACAUGCUCCUGAAGCAUGUGACAUCCGUGAAAAAUUGAGCUUCUUGAUCAUAAAGGUUUGCCGUAAGAACCUCUAAAUUAUGUUAUUCUUUUUGUGGUGCCUGGAAACGGCUUAAACUGCAUGUGUAUUAUGGAGAUGAAUCCUUUCCUUUGUAUGGAUCAGUCAGUAUUUUGCAGAUUUGCACUCUUUUGAAUAAUAUAUGAUUCCAUUCAAUGUUUAGUGCUAAUUAAUUAAUUUCCUUUUCAACUCUAAUAAUUAUAGGGUGGGGGAUUGAACAAAUCCAUCUUUGAAAUGUUAAUUAAUAUCUUGUCGGCUUGUCUA